UCGGACCCGGCUGGCUGGCGGGCGGCGGGUGGGAGGCCGGCGGCGGGGCAGAGCUAUGAGCUCCCGGAAAGUGCUGGCCCUGCAGGCCCGGAGGCGGCGGCCCAAGCAGCCCGCGGCGGCCGGCAGGAGGGACAAGCACAAAAACUCAUCAGUCUUAAUGUUGAACUGUUUACAGUCCUUGACCACGGUAUCCAAAAUGGCCUCAUGUCCAGAAGAUGAAGUUUCAAGGCCAGAGCCUCAACAGAAAGCUCCAUCUGCACCACCACCUCCACCUCCGCCCCCACCUCCACCUCUGCCAGAGCCAGCACCACCAGAACCAGAGGAGGAGAUUCUGGGAUCUGAUGAUGAGGAGCAAGAAGACCCUGCAGAUUAUUGCAAAGGUGGCUAUCAUCCAGUGAAAAUUGGAGAUCUUUUCAAUGGCCGGUAUCAUGUAAUUAGGAAGCUAGGAUGGGGACACUUCUCUACAGUUUGGCUAUGCUAUAUGCAGGGGAAGAGGUUUGUUGCAAUGAAAGUUGUAAAAAGUGCCCAGCAUUAUACAGAGACAGCCUUGGAUGAAAUUAAGUUGCUCAGAUGUGUUCGUGAAAGUGAUCCUAAUGAUCCAAACAAAGACAUGGUUGUACAGUUAAUUGAUGACUUCAAAAUUUCUGGGAUGAAUGGAAUACAUGUCUGUAUGGUCUUUGAAGUUCUUGGACAUCAUCUCUUAAAAUGGAUAAUCAAGUCCAACUAUCAAGGCCUUCCUAUCCGUUGCGUAAAAAGUAUAAUUCGACAGGUCCUUCAGGGUUUAGAUUAUCUACAUAGCAAAUGCAAGAUCAUCCAUACAGAUAUAAAACCAGAAAAUAUCCUGAUGUGUGUGGAUGAUGCUUAUGUGCGUAGAAUGGCUGCUGAAGCUACAGAGUGGCAGAAAGCUGGUGCUCCUCCUCCUUCUGGCUCAGCAGUGAGUACUGCCCCACAACAAAAGCCUGCUGGGAAAAUAUCUAAAAACAAAAAGAAAAAACUGAAAAAAAAACAGAAGAGGCAAGCUGAGCUACUAGAGAAACGCCUGCAGGAAAUAGAAGAACUGGAGCGAGAAGCUGAAAGGAAAAAAAUAGAAGAAAAUGUAACCUCAGCUGUACCAUCAAAUGAGCAAGAAGAUGAGUACCACCUAGAGGUCAAGCUAAAAACAGCUGAUUUAGAAGAGGUAGCAGACGAAGAGCCUGGGAAUGAUGAUGGUGAAGCAGAAGAUCAGGAGGAAAAAGAAGACACAGAAAAAGAAAACACUGAGAAGGAUGAUGAUGUUGAACAGGAACUUGUCAACACAGAUCCUACAUGGAUAGAAUCCCCCAAAACAAAUGGCCAUAUUGUAAAUGGCCCAUUCUUACUGGAACAACAGAUUGAAGAUGAAGAUGAGGAAGAGGAAGACUGCCCAAACCCUGAGGAGUAUAACUUCAAUGAGCCAAAUGCAAAAAGUGAUUAUUCUUAUAGUAGCUCCUAUGAACAAUUUAAUGGUGAAUUGCCAAAUGGACGUCAUAAAAUUUCUGAGUCACAGUUCUCUGAAUUUUCAACUUCACUGUUCUCUGGAGCUUUAGAAUCUGUAGCUUGUGGUUCAGCUGUUUCUGAGGGAUCAUCUGUAACUGAAAGAGACGAGAGCAGCCCAUCUCAGGAUAGGAGCAGAACAGUUUCAGCAUCUAGUACUGGAGAUUUGCCAAAAACAAAAACCCGUGCUGCGGACUUAUUGGUGAAUCCCCUGGAUCCAAGAAAUGCAGAUAAAAUUAGAGUUAAAAUUGCUGAUCUGGGAAAUGCUUGCUGGGUGCAUAAACACUUCACUGAAGACAUCCAGACAAGACAGUAUAGAUCCAUAGAGGUUUUAAUAGGAGCAGGUUACAGUACACCUGCUGAUAUCUGGAGUACAGCCUGUAUGGCAUUUGAGCUUGCAACUGGAGAUUAUUUGUUUGAACCACAUUCUGGUGAAGACUAUUCCAGGGAUGAGGACCACAUAGCACACAUCAUAGAGCUGCUAGGCAAUAUCCCAAGGCACUUUGCUCUAUCUGGAAAAUAUUCUCGGGAAUUCUUCAAUCGCAGAGAUCACAUAGCAUUGAUCAUUGAACUGCUGGGAAAAAUUCCUCGAAAAUACGCUAUGUUGGGGAAAUAUUCCAAGGAGUUUUUCACCAAAAAAGGAGAACUCCGGCACAUUACCAAGCUAAAACCUUGGAGCCUCUUUGAUGUGCUUGUGGAAAAAUAUGGUUGGCCUCAUGAAGAUGCUGCGCAGUUCACAGAUUUCCUGAUCCCCAUGCUAGAAAUGGUGCCAGAAAAACGAGCUUCAGCUGGAGAAUGCCUUAGGCAUCCUUGGUUGAAUUCUUAGCAGAAUCUUCAAACAUAACAUUGAACCAGCAACCACUUCCAGUGCAUCGGACCUAAAUGGUGACUGUCACAAAUUCUUUAACAGGAUCACAAGUGAGCUGGCUUCAUCCUCAGACCUUUAUUUUGCUUUGAGGUACUGUUUGACAUUUUGCUUUUUGUGCACUGUAUUCUUGGGGAAGGGUAGUCCUGUCUUCAGCUGGUAGUUUACUGACCCACUCUCUUCAGAAAACACUUAACGUAUCUUUAAGCAUCAUUUCUUGUGUUGUGUGGCAUUCAAAUGUCAAACUUUUGAACAAACUAUCCCCCCCACCCCUCUGUGUUUUGGCAGGUUUUGUAACUAUUUAUGAUGAAAUAUUUUAGCUAAGUAUUAUAUAAUUUGCAAGUUUGACAUUAUCAAGUCAGAACUGAGAAAUGGCAAGGAAUUGUACAAUUUUAUUUUCUGACAAAGGGACAUCAUUCUUGUAUUAUAGUGUAUGUAAAUGCACCCUGUAAAUGUUUAUUUCCAUUUAAAUAUGGGAUGGGGACUCAGAUUUCAGAGUAAAGCUACUAAGUUUAAAGAGCUUUGUAGCAUACAAAUUGCAUGUAGCGGACUUCAAGCUGCUUUAAGGAUUUGUGUAAACUUUCCAUUUUGUAGAAGUUCCUGUACAUUAGAUUAUAAACAAAGUGGCUCUGGUUUACAAGACUUCAUUCCACAAAUGGCACUUUAAAGGAAGGCUAGACUUCUUUCUAAUGAUAAUGCAUACUUUAUCAUUUAGCACUCCCUUUUAGAAUUUUUGCCUAUUUUAAGUGCUUUUAAGGAGAAAAUAGCAAUUUCCCUUACAAUGUGAUACUGAAGACAUGGUACCAUAUGGUGUUGCCUUUUUAUAAGCACUGUAAUUUGUACUAUACCCAAAAGAUUAAAAGUGAGUAUGAGAAAUAUUCUGUCUAGGAUUACAGAUAAUAUGUGCUUGGGAUACAAAAAGGAUCAACCAAAAAGCAAAUAUAAUUUAGAGGACAAAAUAAUUAAACUUUUGAAACAGCUCAUGUUCAUUCCAGUCAUAGCUUUACAUGCUCCUAAAAAAAAUUGCACUGGCUUCCCCCCCCCAUGAAUUGACAUAUAUAGCAAUUAGUUUGCCCUUUGUAGAUUGCACUCAAAAUUGUAAAUGUUUGAGUCUAUUUAGCUUAUUCACCCCCUCCAAAGUCAUAGGCAAUGCAGAUUUUAGAAUGUAAAAUAUGGAGGUGUAUUUUGCCCUCUUUUAGAAGUCAGUGGGAUGAAUGUAAGUUUAUUUCUGGUUUUACAUAAUUAUGGUGCCACUUUUUUGACUGUCAGUUUUAAAUUUAUUCACAUGCCUUUGCAAUAACUAGAUUGUGAGAAGAUACUCUGUGUUGUAACAAUAACCAAUUGUUUGAGGUGCUUGCAGUUGUCUAAUUAAAAGUGUUUUGUUUUUUCAGACAUUGUGCUGGUCAUUCAAAUGCUUGAUAAUGGUAAAUCCAACUGUUCGAUAGUCACAUUUCUCAGUAGGUUUUUCAGCCUAGCAUACUGGAAAUGCCUGUUAACAAUUCUUUUGUAAACUUUCUGUAUACUUGCUGAAAAUAUUUUACUUAAUACAUUAGAGCUAAAAUUGCACCUGCAACCAUUAACUCAUUGCUUGUUCAGACUCAGAAAUGGUAUUCCAUAGAAUUUGUUUAAGUUAAAGUAACCUUUGCUUGCUUUUUGCCUUUCUGUGUAUACCUCCAAUAAUUAAAAAUGAAGAUUAUUUAAAACCUAUUGCUAGAGUACAACACAAUAUGCUAUUCAAGAGACUUUCAGCCACAUUUGUCACUGCUAACAUUUGGGUUUCAGAGCACUGGCAGCCACCUACUUAAGGACUUCGUAUUGGAAAGCUUUUUUAAAAAAAAAAAAAAAUAAAAGAGGCAGCAAGGAUAAUAUUGCUAGCGCGAAGACAGGAGGUAAAAUUUUCUGCUUCACUGUGGAGUUGCCUUUAGGUUCAUCCUAUUGCAACAAGUGAAAAAGUUUCAAUACAGGAAGAAAAGAAAAACUUAAUUGAAAUAUUACUUUAAAACGUGUCAUUUUCUAGGCACCAGACCAGAUAUUCCAGUAUAUUACAGCUCUUUGCACUACUGUAGCUAUUUUUACAGAAGUUACUGGUAUCCUAACAUUCAGUCAAUGGUUGGUGGUAACUUAAAGUACCAGUUCAGACAUUUACUAUGAUGUCUUUUAUCCAUUUCUUUCAAAAGCUGUAGCUACCCAAUUUGAACUGAUAAAAUAUUUUUGACUUUGUCUUGUACAAAAUAUAUGUUCUUGCUUCCAAGCUAGCUAAUGAUCCACUCACUUAUUUUAUGAAUGCAAUGGCUUUGAACAUCACAGUAAAGUAAUAAAUUGUGGAUCUAUAGGAUUGGGAUAAGGAGUUUAUUUGUACAAAGCUCUGGUCAUUGGCGUUGACUGUAAGCUAUCUGACUGUUUAAUUAGUUGGUCUUGGCCGCUAGACUCAGGAGAAAAAACAAGGAUGUGAAUAGUAAUGGAACUGAAUUAUCUUUCCUGGAGUAGUAAGAAAAUAAAUUUCUAAUACUGUUACCAGUCCAAUGCCUUCUUUCACCAGUAGCAGUUGCACAUAAAGACAAAGCGACAGUUCCUCUUUACUCAGUUUGACAUACUAGCUUUUUAUAAACUGAUGGAUGUUCCUGAUUCUUAAAAAAAUUAAUGUUAAAUAAACUUAACAUCCACAAUCAGCUACAGUAGAAAAGUUACUUGACACAUCAGUUAGUUUCACAGGGCUAAUUAAACUUGUACUGUUUCUGUAAAAUUACAUAUAGCCAACUAACUGAAUUAGUUUUAAGAUCUGAAAUAAUUGGUCCUACUACCAGACUGGUAUUUAAUAAGAUGAUUAAAGGCUUGUCUUUGUGUUCUAUAGCAUAAAAAUUGGUGCACACAUUUAUUCUGUAUUCAAGCAUAGUGGCCGUAUCUUAGCUACCAUACAGAUAUCUUAUCCUAGAUAGAUAGUCAAAUUAAAACAAUGAAUUUGCAUUUUAACAAUACAUUUUCUGACUGUAUUUAUUCAUUUUUGUUAAGUCUAUUACCUCCAUGUUAUUCUUUAGCCACAUACCCAUCUCCUCUCUUUUGGUAAUAAAGUUCCUAAAUCUUU